AUGACCACUCCUUUUUUCAAUUUGACUGAUACCACCGACAUUAUCUAUGCCGUACAGCUGACAUACCAAGCUCUUAAAAAAUACUCCUCUAAGAAUAACAAUUGGAAAGGAGACAUGAAAGCAAACUUAAAGUGCAGUAUUAACAGAUUCAUACGCUUAUUGGCCAAAAUGGAAAUUCAAAAAAUGGUUGAAAAUGGCAAGCCAGAAUACUCAAUGUUUGAUCUCUUCGAACUAUCCGAAGAGGACACCGACAAACGGAAACUAAACUUGUUGUUUGGAGGUACACAUUCAUGUGAUACUCCCAGUGGACGAGGACUGUUCCCCUUCUUUGAUAUUGCCUACCAGGGACUCGGACAGGACUUUGAGACUGAUGCCUGGGCUAUUCGACUGUUUCUCGAGGAUGGAAUGGAGUUUUUCACUUCCCAGACAUUCUCCAAGAAUUUUGGACUUUAUGGGAAUGAAGCACAAAUUCUAAGAGAAAAGUAUCACGUUUAUGUUCUCCCAAAUGGACGGGUUAAUAUGAGUGGACUGAGUACUUCGAAUGUCGACUAUUUUACUUCUGCCUUGGCCGAUGUGCUCUAGCUCAUCUGUUACUAAAAAUCACUAACUUUUAUUGAGCUUUGUUCAAUAAUCCCUUUAUUAA